AUGAAAGUUUUUUUAAAAAUGGCGUAUUCUGUUCUUCGGCUUCGAAAGGUUUCAGCUUUCGGGAUUUCUCGUGUCCUUCAAGCUGAUAAAGGAAGUUUGUGGCGGUUUCACUUGGAACCCGAGUUUGGUGAGGUUUUGAGAUUAGGUUUAUUGACUAGGAACUACAGAAAGAGCUCUGAUUCCCCAAAGUAUGACUUCACUGGCACAGGAACCACCACCACCAAGUUCGAUUUCACUGAUCUCACCUGUCCUCAUACAUGGUAUCCAAUUGCACGGACGAAGAAGCGUAAAGUCAUUCUACAUGUCGGCCCGACAAACAGUGGGAAAACAUAUAAUGCCCUUAAGCAACUUGAACGGAGUUCUUCAGGUGUAUAUUGUGGUCCGCUAAGAUUGUUGGCAUGGGAAGUAGCUAAACGGUUAAACAAAUCAAAUGUUCCAUGUGAUUUGAUCACUGGACAAGAGAAAGACUUAGUGGAAGGAGCAAAUCACAAAGCUGUGACAGUUGAAAUGGCUGAUGUAACAUCGGUCUACGAUUGUGCCAUCAUUGACGAAAUCCAGAUGGUGGCAUGUAAACAAAGGGGCUUUGCGUUUACUCGUGCUCUACUUGGGAUUGCGGCUAAUGAGCUACAUCUAUGUGGCGAUCCUGCUGUCGUACCUCUUGUUGAAGAUAUAUUGAAAGUAACUGGAGAUGAUGUUGAGGUUCUUACAUAUGAGAGGCUUUCACCAUUAGUCCCUUUGAAGGUUCCAGUUCGGUCAGUUUCCGAUAUUAAAACUGGAGAUUGUCUUGUAACUUUUUCACGCAAUGAUAUAUAUAAUCAUAAGAAAAUAAUUGAAAAGGCAGGGAAGCAUCUUUGCUCUGUGGUUUAUGGUUCAUUGCCUCCAGAGACUCGUACAGCACAGGCAACAAGGUUUAACGAUGACACCAACGACUUUGAUGUGCUUGUAGCCAGCGAUGCAAUUGGCAUGGGUCUUAAUUUGAACAUUUCAAGGAUUAUCUUCUCGACCCUUGAAAAAUUUGAUGGUACCGGGACUAGAGACUUAACAGUAUCCGAGAUUAAACAAAUUGCAGGGAGAGCUGGCAGAUUCAGGUCAAAGUUCCCUGUUGGCGAAGUGACUUGUUUGUACAAAGAGGAUCUUCCGUUGCUACACUCUUCUCUUAACUCUCCUUCACCUCUUAUUGAGCGUGCUGGACUGUUUCCAACAUAUGACCUCCUGUCUCGGUAUUCACUAGCACACCCUAAACUUGGCUUGUUCCAGAUAUUGGAACAUUUCGUUGAAAAUGCUAAGUUAUCUUCAAACUACUUCAUCUCUAACGUUGAAGACAUGAUGAAAGUUGCAGCUCUUGUUGAUGAAUUACCCCUCAAACUGAAAGAUAAGUACCUUUUCGUGGUCAGUCCAGUUGAUAUAAAUGAUGAAAUAUCAAGCCAGGGACUUGCACAGUUUGCUCGAAACUUCUCGAAGACAGGCAUUGUGAGGCUCCGAGAGAUAUUUGCAGCCGACAAAGUUAAGGUUCCAAGAACACCAACAGAACUCAAGGAACUUGAAUCUCUUCACAAGGUUAACAUCUUUUCUUGUCCUGUGAGUAGCAUAGGGUUCACUGUUCAGUUCGGUAACAUUACAAUGAAACAGGUUUUGGAUUUGUACGUAUGGCUAAGCUUAAGGCUAGAGGAUUCAUUUCCGGACCGUGAAGUAGCAGCUUCGCAAAAGUCAAUCUGCAAUUUAUUGAUUGAGCAGUUCUUAGAGGGAAAUAGAUUGAUCUCUUCUACUGGAUUCUCGAAAAAUCUGAGGACCCGACGACGAUUCUGAGAUUACAUUACCAGUUUGAUUGGAUAUUUAUUGUUCUGCUCGUUUGGUUUGGUCACUGAGGAAGAAGUAAAGACAGUUGAUUGUGCCACAACACUUGAUUAAAGAUGCAUUCAAAAAGUUGUCAUGUAUUUAACUGUGUCAUUAACAACAGUAGAGAACCAUUUAGUUUUAUAAUUGUUUUUAAUCAUUUCGUUGGGACAUGACAUGGUCUGAGAUGUAAUAUAAAAGCAUAUUGUUAUACAAGCAGCCGAGAAUUAUAAUUUGUUAGGCGCAUAUGAUUAUCAGAUGCACUCCAUAAUGAAA